AUGGCGUGGGUUAGACUUUUUUUGUUGAUAGCCCUUUCGGUUGUUUUGGCUGAAGAGGAUUUAAAGGACUUUGAGUUUUCUGAACCUAAUGAACUAUUGAUAGCUCAGGAGUCUAGGCAUUAUGAGACAAUUGUCAAACCUCCGGUCAGGAUCCUGAAACCUCAUGGUGUAACUAAUUCGCACAGACCACAAUAUAACGUAGAUUCUUUGGAGUCAGAUUUGAGCUCGCAGUUUGAUGAUGAAGCGAUAACUAGGAAGGCAUUGGUAAAGAAUUAUAAAAUAAGGAAGAAUAAGGAUGGUAUGAUUAGAGAUGCGGUGUUGAAGGCACUGGAGAGGAAGGACCAUGUCGGGAAGUUUGCGCAGAUACUUCCCAUCAUCAGGGCGAUGUCCCGGAAUCAGCGGGUUGCACUCGCCUCUUUAGUGGCGAGUCAAGUCACAACACCGCCAGGAAGGCAGCCUCUUAAUCUGUCUCAGGUGAGAUCAAUGUUCAAUAACAAUACAAAUACAGACCUGAUGCUACCCAUUUUAUUGGAUACGGCAAAUUUGAUCCGUCGCUCGAUGAGACCAGGUAAAGAGCCGAGGGAAGUGAAAAUGCCACAAGCACAGUUCCAAAGGCGAUCAUUCAAUGAAGACACAUCACUUGAAAAUGAAUACGACAAUGAACAAGAACAAUCAAGUACAACACAAUCGAUUUUAGAUAAAUACCGUAAUUUCAGAACAAGAUCACAAAGAACACCAUUCACAAAAGCAAAUACAACUAAAAUAAUCAAUGAAAAUGUAGGAGACAAAGUUAAUCACACUAUAAAUGACAAAUCCAAAGUCACACCUGACGAUUACGAUAAUAAUUAUGUGAAUCGAAAAGAAAGUAAGAAUCGCACAACACUGUAUUCCAGUACGGAGCCAACACUAAAGUCUAAGUUUGAUGAGAUCGACCGAGCUCGUAAUAUCACCCUGGAUCUGUCAGCGGAUGCAACUAACAUUACACUGGUCCAAGAUGCUCCAGUUGCUGAGAAACUCCGUUCUCUAAAUCGAUAUUUAGAUAGGAAAGGUAACAUAGUACGCCGUGGUAUGUUCCCAAAGCCCUCGCCAGCGUCACGUCGAACGACCGCUGACCCUACUCUCAGCCCUAUCAGACGGAGACCGAUGCCGGCGAGGAAACUGCCCACGAUCGGCGACCAAGCAAAAUGCGAACUAUUCACCAACACUCUAUGUUUGCACACUGAUGAUUACCCGACGGAAGCAAUAGUACAGUCGAUACGUCGCAACAAAGCAGCGGCAGGUGCUCUACUAGCGGACUACAAGGACCCAGGAGAAGGCGCUGUGGAUGGCAUAACAGCAGCACAGGAAGCAAAAUACACUGCAGACCAUUACCUGGUGUCUAAUAGACGAGGCGACACGGCGAACCGCGACUUCGCGAGCGCCGGCGAGGCGGGCUUCAUGUGCCCGAGCACGGUGAAGUACGCGCGGCCGCAGCGCGCGCGCGCCACGUCGGGCCAGUGGAAGUACAUCGUCAACACCGGCGAGCACACGCAGACGCUGCGCCUCGAGAAGUGCCUAAAACCCAAAGAAGCUUGUACCUAUUUGACGGACAACUUUAAAUCAAAGUGUGUCCAAGUUUACAACUAUCAUAGACUACUAACUUGGGACCAGCAAAAUGGAUUACACAUGGAUAUAUUUAAAGUACCCACAUGUUGCUCCUGCCAUAUUGAAGGCUACAGCGUAUCUUUUCCGCCCCUCGGGCAAAGGGUCCAUGAAACGUCAUCUGAACAUUUUCCAGGAGAAGAUUUAUCAGCCGAACAAGGAAAUCAGGCUUUUGAAUCUAUACAGUCUAGUAUACAAAGACCCGGUAUAUCAAAAACACCCCCGUUCAGCUUUAACAAGCCUCUAGAAUUAUUCCCACCGUUUACGGAUAAUCAUAACUCAAUACCCGGAUCUAGUUUUGGCAAAUCGAAGCUAAGUGAAAACGAAGAUUUCGAUAACUUACCAUCGAACCCCAUGGAUUCUUACGGGAAUACGUAUUUCCCUGAUUCAUUCAACCAAGCGAGUUCAGUAAGAAACGUAAAACGACCGGUGCCUCGUAAUCCUGGCGUAUUACUCGGUGCAGAUUCAGUAACAUUACCCAGUUACUUAGAACCUCCAACACCAUCGGCACCAUCAUCGUUUUCAUUUUCCAACGAUAAUAUAAACAAGUAUAAAAUUGACGGCCAGUUCAGAAGAGGUCCAAUAAGACCAAAUCGAAGACCAAUACGAAAGAAGAUAUCGACUGGUCCUGAAGAUUUAGUGUCAUCAGGUACAUCGUCAAUACGCACAUAUGUCAGAGAUAGCAUGGAAAGCGCAGAAGACUUUAAUGAAGAAUUUGAAGGUGACGUAGAGGAAGCGAGUUCUAAUUUCAAUCCAAGAGCAACAAUAGCUCCCAAGCUUUACGCUGUAACAACAGAAAGAAAUUUCACGUCAUUUAAAACCGCAGAUAAAAUAGCAAACGAUGAAAUGAACAGCAAGAAGGUUAAUUAUAAUUACCAUCCUAUUAUUGAUUACUUUGCUGAAGGCAGUAAAGACGGAGAUUCUAUUGAUAGAGAAGAUACUGAAGAAACAUUUAUUGCUUCAACAGAAUCAGAAUGGAAGCCAAUUAGUCAUCCUUCGUCAGAUAUCAAAUCUACAAAUCCGAUAGCACGAAAGAAACAAAAUUAG